AGCUCUGCCCGGCGCGCCCGCCGCACGCGGGGAUGUCAUACAAGCCGAACUUGACCUCGCACAUGCCCGCCGCCGCCCUCAACGCCAGAAGUGUCCACUCACCUUUUACUAGUAUGGCGACAUCCUCCCAGUAUCGCCAGCUGCUGAGUGACUAUGGGCCACCAUCACUAGGCUACACCCAGGGAACUGGAAAUAGCCAGGUGCCUCAAAGUAAAUACGCAGAGCUGCUGGCCGUCAUUGAAGAGUUGGGGAAAGAGAUCAGACCCACAUACACAGGGAGCAAGAGCGCCAUGGAGAGACUAAAACGAGGCAUCAUUCAUGCCCGAAGCCUGAUUCGGGAGUGCUUGGCCAAAACGGAACGUAAUGCCAGGUCCUAGCCCUUGGCCAGUUUGAAGGCCCAUCUCGCCACCCCGUGGAGAUGAGAGGCUUUGUUCAAAAUGGCAGUGGUUUUCCUGCCAUGGUCAUUAAGCUCUGAACCCACAUCCAGAAGACUGGGAAGACAUUUUGCAGUUACUGACGGUGUGCAUUCUAAGUAGUUAGAAACCAUCCAGCUCUUUUUUUCUUCCCAAGCAUUGAUUUGAAAGAUGUUUGUGAAGCCACUUCAAAGCAAGCUAUUGUUUGCCCCCAAA